AUGGCGUCUCCCGCGCUCCACGAAGCCAUCCACCGUGCACAUCUCGAACGGCUGCAGUCUGUCCUCUUGACCCUCUGCAAGGCCUCGCCCAUCGCGCAGCAGGUCCUGGAGCGGGAGCUCCUGAUGGACGAAGAACCCGCGAGUGGCGACGAAGCCGACAAGCAAAACGUGCUCAAUGUCACCGCACUGACAGCAAAGAAGACACAGCGGUCACGUUACGUAACCUGCAAGCAUUGCCACCAGGAAUUCGACCUGGCAGCCAACACCGAGAAGAGCUGCAAAACUCAUGAUGGCCCGCUCGAGCCCAUCGAAGAUGAGUGGAUCGAUCAUGAUGAAAGAUGCCAUGGUCCCAUUGAGUCGGAAGAAAAUUACGAGAGCUUCCCCGAGGGAUUUUUGUGGGAGUGUUGUGAACGCCCGGCCGAUGCCGAGGGCUGCUGCACCGACAUCCAUUACGAGGACGCCGAUUUCAAGCCUACGACCAAGAAGCGAAAGUUAUGGCCGAGUUGCGAGUAA